GCGGCCUUCCAGAACAAGGAGAAGCCUCAGGAGGUCCGCCUUUCUAACAUCACCGCCGCAAAGGCCGUCGCCGAUGCGAUCAGAACAUCAUUAGGUCCCAAGGGUAUGGACAAGAUGAUUCAGACUGGAAAGGGUGAGGUUGUUAUCACCAACGACGGUGCAACUAUCUUGAAGCACAUGGCUGUUAUGCACCCUGCCGCAAGAAUGCUCGUCGACCUUUCCGCUGCACAGGAUGUCGAGGCUGGUGACGGUACCACUUCCGUCGUCGUCAUCUGCGGAGCUCUUCUCGGUGCGGCUGAGAAGCUCCUCGCCAAGGGUAUCCACCCAACAAUCAUCGCCGAGUCCUUCCAGCGCGCUUCCGCCAAGGCCGUCGAGCACAUUACAUCCAUUUCUACUCCUAUAACUCUUACCGACCGCGAAUCACUACUCCGUGCAGCCUCGACGUCCUUGAACUCGAAGAUCGUGUCGCAGUACUCUACCUUGUUGGGACCCAUGGCCGUCGACGCCGUUCUCAAAGUCAUUGACCCUACCACUGCGGAGAAUGUGGAUUUGAGGGAUAUCAGAACCGUACAAAAGGUAGGAGGAACGAUUGAUGAUACGGAGUUGGUGGAUGGUGUCGUGCUUACCCAGAAUGUCGUCAAGUCCGCUGGCGGACCAUCAAGAAUGGAGAAGGCGAAGAUCGGAUUAAUUCAGUUCCAGCUGUCACCACCAAAGCCCGAUAUGGAGAACCAGAUUGUGGUGAAUGACUACCGUCAGAUGGACAAGAUUUUGAAGGAGGAGCGUCAGUACCUUCUUAACAUGUGCAAGAAGAUCAAGAAGUCGGGAUGUAACGUCGUCCUGGUCCAGAAGUCUAUUCUCAGAGAUGCUGUCAAUGACCUUUCUCUUCACUUCCUCGCCAAGCUCAAGAUCUUGGUCGUCAAGGACAUCGAGCGCGACGAGAUCGAGUUCAUCUGCAAGUCUACCGGCUGCAAGCCUAUCGCCGACGUUGAGUCCUUCACCGAGGACAAGCUUGGUCAGGCCGAGUUGAUCGACGAGGUCGAGACCGCUGGUACCAGAGUAGUCAAGAUCACCGGUGUCAAGAACUCCGGCAAGACCGUCUCUGUCCUCUGCCGUGGAGCCAACAACCUCGUUCUCGAGGAGGCUGAGCGUUCAUUGCACGAUGCGUUGUGCGUCAUUCGCUGUCUCGUCAAGCGGAAGGCUCUCAUCUGCGGUGGUGGUGCACCCGAAAUCGAGGCAUCCCAGGCUCUUAUGCGAUGGGCUCGUGAGCUCGCCGGUACCGAACAAUACUGUGUCCAGGCAUUUGCUGAGGCUCUUGAAGUCAUCCCUACCACUCUCGCCGAGAAUGCUGGUCUCAACUCCAUCCGCGUCGUCACCGAGCUCCGUAACCGUCACGAGAAGGGCGAGAAGACGGCUGGUAUCAACGUCAGGAAGGGCAAUAUCUCGAACAUCUUGGAGGAGAACGUCGUGCAGCCGUUGUUGGUCUCUGUAUCGGCGUUGCAGUUGGCGGCUGAGACGGUGAAGAUGAUUUUGAAGAUUGAUGAUUUGGUUAUGUCGCGAUAAAUGCGACAAGAG